CAAACAAUCAACAAUCAUUAAAGCAUCUCAUCCAUAACAAGAAUCAACUCCAUCAUCUCAACAGCCCAACACAAACAAAAUGCAUCUCUCCUCCCUCAUCUCCAUCAUCACCCUCAGCCUCGGCGCCGUCAACGCCAUGGCCAUUGAAGAAGACAACACCCUCGAAACCCGCGAUGAUCAUUGCAACCCCGGCAUCGAUCUCAUCAAGCUCAAGAUCAAGCGCGGCAAGUACUACACUGGCGUUGGAAAACCCGGAAAAUGCUACAAUCUUCCCGGCAACAUCAAGUACUUUGAUGUCUACUCUGACGACACCAAGUCCCUUGUGAGCUGCUUCGACUGCAAGGUGUACACUGAGGCCAACUGCAAGGGAAGCUAUGUCAGCCUCGAGGGGGCAGACAACUUUGCUUUCAAGACUACGAAGAAGCCUCACUACAAGAGCUGGAGGUGCGGUCCUCCUUAAGUGAUAUGGAAUGAUCGGAUGGUUCUGUGGGAAAGGAGUUUAGAGGGAUGAGGAUAUUAAUACCAGGACAUUCACUUAGCUCAAUGCCUCGGAGGUUAAUCUUAUGAUGAUAUUAGGGAGGGAACACUCGUUCAAGUCAGGAACGGAAGAAAUACGGCGAUGGAAACAUUCUCUUACAGUAUUUACGUCUUAUUUACUGCAUCAUUCUUUGACAUUACAUAUAGGAUUCUAU